AUGGCAAGUGUAGACUGGGAAACCCUCAACAAGAACCUCUGGGACGAGCGUGCACCGCUGCACGCCGCCUCACCCGACUACAAGAUCCACGACUUCCUCACCAACCCAUCUUACAUCUCCUCCGUCGUGGCCUUUGACGCCCCUCUGCUCGGCCCACUCGCCGGCCUGCGCUGCGCUCACCUCCAGUGCCACAUUGGUACCGACACGCUGAGCCUUGCGCGCCGCGGCGCCGCCUCCGUGGUCGGCCUCGACUUUUCCUCCGCAUCUCUCAACGAGGCGCGGCGCCUCGCCGCCGCCACAAGCUCCUCUGGCGGUGACAAGCUCGGCUUUGUCGAAGCGUCCGUGUACGACGCCCUCCGCGUGCUGCCAAACGCAGAGUUUGACCUGGUCUUUACCGGCAUUGGCGCGCUCUGCUGGAUCCCGGACAUUAAAGAAUGGGCCGCGGUUGUGGCUGGGCUGUUGAGGAAAGGCGGGAGGCUGUUUCUCCGCGAGGGACACCCCGUGCUCUGGGCGGUGGAUGACAAGGUCGAGAAUGGAAGGCUGGUGGUCAAGUAUCCGUACUUUGAGCGCGGCGGAGAGGCGCUGCUGCUACAGGACGAAGGUAGCACGUACGUUCAGCACAAGGAGCAUGUGUUCGAGCAUACGGCGUCGGCAGAGUUUAACCACGGCCUGGGGGAGAUUCUACAGGCGCUGCUAGACGCGGGCCUCCGGGUGACGGGGCUCAAGGAGCACCAGAGCGUGCCCUGGGAGGCUAUCCCGGGCGAGAUGGAGUAUAUUGGUCAAGGCGAGUACGCCCUCAAGAGCGAGCGCUGGCGGCUACCACUGAGCUAUACUCUGCUGGCCAUCAAGGAAUGA